GCUGAGUUCAAGCCCGUGCAGGAUCAUAUCAAUACACUGGCCAGUGGCAUUUCGAACAACAUAGCGCUGAUCAAGCAGGUCGACGCCGAUACGAGUGCGAGGAUGGACGCCUUCAGCAGAGAUGUCGCCGAACUUCGUGCGCAGCUUCAGGGCAUUCAGACCCGCAUGGCUGCCAUGGAGAUGCGUGCAGCCAUCGACACCUGUGGCCCGAUCGACUUGGAAAAUGAAGAUGACACGAUGACCGACCCCUACG